AUGGCCAAGCACCCCCUUGACCCCCUUUCGAUUAACGAAGUGCGUCAAGCGUCCCGCGCCCUGUUCAAAGGACUGAGCCUGCAGGAAGAUGAGAUCAGGUUCAAAGUAAUCGAUCUCGCCGAGCCUUCGAAAGAUGAGACCUUGGUUCACCUCCUGGAACGUGGCCCUAUGCCCGAUCGUAGGGCUAGGAUCUACUAUCAACGGAAGCAAAGGGAGUUUAUGAGCAGAGCAAUCAUCAACAUAACCCGCGGAACUCUCGAGAAGACUGACGACCUUCCUGAUGCCCAGGGACCAGUGGACUGGGUUGAAUACGACCUCAUUACCACAGCUUGCAAUGCCCAUCCAGAUGUCGUGGCUGAGGUCGCUAAGCUGAGACUCCCCGAAGGAGCACGAGUUCUCAAUGACCCUUGGGCUUACGGAACUGACGAUGUCGAGGAGAGACGCCGUCUCUUCCAAUGCUACAUGUAUCUUGCCCUCGAUGACGACGAUGAGGCCAACCACUACUCAAUCCCCCUCCCUCUUGCACCUAUCUUCGAUGCUCAGACUCUUGAGCUGGUUGAAUUGCAAAAGCUUCCUUUGGGGAUCGAUGACGAAAUUGACGAUGAAACACAACCCUGGGUACCUGUCAAGCCAGUUGAGUACAGCGCAAACAUUCUCGGACCCGAUGCUUUUAGAAAGGACCUAAAACCACUACAAGUCGCCCAACCUGAAGGGCCUUCAUUCGACAUCGAAAAUCGUAAGGUAUCAUGGCAGAGAUGGCAAUUUCAACUGGGAUGGUCUCUACGUGAAGGUCCAGUUCUGCACGACGUACGUUACGAAGGCCGGCCUCUAUUUUACCGGGUAUCGAUGAGCGAGAUGACGGUACCUUACGGCGAUCCUCGAACACCUUACCACCGGAAGCAAGCGUUCGACCUCGGCGACUCCGGCUUCGGUCUCACUUCCAAUAGCUUGUCUCUUGGCUGUGACUGUUUAGGCCACAUUGCCUACUUUGAUGGCGUUCGUGUUUCAGCAACAGGAGAACCUGUUGUUAUGCCGAACGUUGUCUGCAUGCACGAGAUCGAUGAUGGAAUUGGCUGGAAACACACGAACUUUCGCAACAUGAAAUCUUCCACAGUCCGAGACCGGAAGCUCGUUGUCCAGUGCACUUCCACUGUAGCCAAUUACGAAUACAUCUUGGCGUAUGCCCUGGAUCAAGCCGCGAAUAUUCACAUCGAGGUGCGAGCAACUGGCAUUGUCUCCACUAUGCCAAUCCGCCCCGAACUCAAGUCGUCGCCUUGGGGAACUGUUGUGGCACCCGGAGUCUUGGCCGUUAACCAUCAACAUCUUUUUUGUGUCCGAAUAGAUCCGAUCCUUGAUGGGGCAAGAAAGAACACAAUUGUAUACGAGGACUGUAUUCCUGUACGAGACGAUCCGGAGCUCGACCCCUACGGAUGUGCGUUCCGACUUAAUACCACACCUAUUGUUUCACCAGGUGGUUACGAUCUCGAUUUAACAAAAGCUCGCACGUACAAAAUUGUCAAUCCGGCUCGCAGGCAUGAGGUAUCGGGAAAGAUGGCUGGGUACAAGCUUCAUGCUUCGCCUAGCCAGAUGCUGAUGAUGGGGCCCGAGACUUUCAAUCAUCGACGCGGAGUCUUUGCGUCCAAGCCAAUUUGGGUUACUCGGUACCGCGAUGACGAACUUUGGGCUGCUGGAGAGUUUACGAAUCAAAGCCGAGAGGAUACUGGCCUUGUAGAGUAUGCUGCACGAGCGGACAAUGUUGAGGCUGAAGAUGUCGUUCUGUGGCACUCGUUUGGUCUGACACACGUCACACGCCCCGAAGACUUCCCUGUUAUGCCCGCGGAAAAGUUGUCAUGUGCCUUGAAGCCAACGAGUUUCUUCGACCUCAACCCCUCCAACGACGUUCCGAGAUCCAACCAACGUGACAAUCAAUCGACGCUCCAUGACCAGAUUUCGGCUGCUCCUGGAUGCCAUAAAAACCCAUAG